AUGCGAUUUCUGAACCUUCUCGCCAUUCUUCUGCUAAAUUUACAACAAUACUUCGCCUCGGCAAAGAUUCACAGGCAGCGACAUUUGCACAAGCCUCAUCGGCUUUGUGUCGAGCCGCCCACCCUGAGAGAUGACCAUGCCGCAUGGAUGCGAGAGUCGCUGGAAGGUGUUGGCGCAGAAGUGGACGAGGAUUGGUCCCCACCGUCGUCAGAGCCGGCGAUUUGCAACAAAUCACCACGAGCCGAAGGUGAUACGACAGUUAUGCAGCGAGCUAUGUGUCCAUGGGAAUCGCGAGUGAACUUCGACGAGACCCGAGAGCCAAAAAUGAUCUCCGAAGCGGUAUGUCUUUGCCGACGAAGCAGAGGGGCCACCGGCGCUUUUUGUCUGCCCAUCAAAAGAGAGAUUCCAGUAAUGCGGAGGGUCUCUUGCGACAUAGAGAGUGGAUAUUGGCGAUACGAAAGAGCGUCAAUGUCGAUCACCGUAGGAUGUCAUUCGGUCCUGCCUCGAACGCAGCGAGCCUCAUCGUUGUCCAAACAUUACCGCAAACACGUUCCUGACGCAGUGUAG